GUUCCACCAUCUACUGUGGACUACCUGAAGAAAAAAGGGAUUGACGUGUUGGUGCUGCAGACAGAGAAGGCUGUGGAGGAGUACAAUGCCCUGGCUGCCCAGGGCGUCCAAGUGGGGGGAGUUUUCCAUUCAACCUGCUGA